CGCAGACGAGUCAGGAAGUUCUCCCUCGGAAUCCAAGCGUUUCGGAAAUUUGGAAGUCUUGUAUUUUGCUAAAAUUCCACCAGUAUCCAUCGACCUCCAAUGACGGGUGGGUCUCUCAGACAGCGAAUCCAGAAGCUCAAGGAUUUCAUCACGGAGCCCACAAGUGAUCCGGAAGAAGACUUCUGGAAUAAACAUUACUCGAAGAACCGAAAGAGACUCGAGAGCCGAAACAUUCUCGUCAUUGGCCCAAAUCCAACGCCACAGCAGAUGGAGGAGUACCGCAAAAGGGAGGUGUACAACUCCGUUCCAGAUCAGGAGCAAUUCGGAAGGUAUAUCGAUCGAAGUGAUGAAGAGGAGACCGCUCCCAAAAAAAGGUUCACAGUGUGUGGAGUCCCUCUGGCAGGUUGAAGCUCUACUACUUCAUGCAUGAAGAUGAUGCCGUGUGUAUAAGACACCUGGUGGCCUAGGUGAGGCAAUGCUCAGCAAUGUGAGUUGUAAGCAGUCCACUGUCCAUAGCCGGCAGAAUGAACGUCAUAGUCAAGCAGAACAUGGGGUGUCAGGUCACUAAGGGUUGUCCAUGCUGCGACUGUGAAUAGCUGAAUGAAUCAUUUCAAACAUCAGAAAUGUUUGGGCCUGGCAGUGGUAUAGUUAGUUUCAGUAUUGCCUUCCAACAGCCCGUGUUGAGAACAUUUUGGAGCCCACGUGGUGCACCUGCAGUGCAGAUUUGCUGCAAUGG